GGAACUUCACACCUGCAAGUAAAAUUUGUUAGGUUAAAUCCUAAAUGAAAGUAUUAAUUAUUAAUAACUCUUUAGUCCUAUGACUAACAUUUAAACAGCGUUAGAAAUGCAAAAUCUAUUGUUAAAACUAAUAGUCCAUAUAAACCUUAUUUUUUGUCAGUCUGCUCUAGACACUAAAAUAAAUAUGAGUAUGCUUUAUUAUUAUUUACUUAUGAUUUAGAGGUAAAAAGAGAUAAAUCAAUGCAAUUCUAUACUAAUUAGCAAGAUUGUUAAUAUUGAUUUAAAAUAAGGAGAAUUAAAUAAGUCAAAAUUGAGAUAGAAAUUCAAAUUGAAUUCUAGCAGGUUAUCAACAAGAAGAAGCCAAAAUUUGUCCAUAGAUUUCGAAAAUAUUGUAAAUAUAUAUAUUCAUUAAAGAAACUGUAUGAUAGGAUAUAAUCAGCCAAAACUUCAUAUAAUAAAAAAUAAUAACUUAGGCAUAGUUCUGAAUACGAACGAUAUAGCAAAAAUAUUUCUCAAAAUGCCAGUAUUUAUCAUUCUUUAUUCAAAUUUAGGAAGGUAUUCAAUUGCUAAUAUUUCAAAUUAAACAUUAUCGAAGUCCUUUGAAUCUAAAUCGAGAAGGAUUAAAGAUAGAUCCUCUUCUAAUACUAACUAGCAUCAAUACUCAGAUUAUAGUAAUGGCCAUCCUGAUAAUUAAAUUAUUUAAUUUUUAUUUUGA